AUGGCCUCUCUUGCGGGCAUCCCUGCCCAGUACAACAAAAAGUCCUCGGCUGUCAAGCGUAUUAUGCAAGAGGCAAGGGAGCUCGUCCGGGAACCGUCAACCGAUUUUGCCGCCAACCCUCUCGAAACGGAUAUCUUUGAGUGGCAUUUCACGAUCAGAGGACCAGAGGAGACAGAGUUUGAGGGCGGACUCUAUCAUGGUCGGAUCCUCUUGCCCAACAAUUAUCCUUUUGCUCCGCCCAGUCUGAUGUUCCUGACGCCUAAUGGACGGUUCGAGCUGAACAAGAAAGUGUGUCUGAGCAUCACAGGAUACCAUCCAGAGUACUGGCAGCCUGCUUGGGGGAUCCGCACAGUAUUGGUCGCCGUCAUGGGAUUCUUGCCUACUGAGAGUAAAGGCGCCAUUGGUGGACUGGAUACCAGCGUCGAUGCCCGAAAAGCGCUCGCUAUCAGAUCGAAAACGUGGGUGUGCCAGACGUGCCAUUCGGACAUGGUGACAAUUUUGCCGGACGUCGCACCAGAGAAUGUUGUCAAAGCCUUCCUCAAAGCUGACGAGAUGCCACCCGAGUUUUCGUUCGGAUAUGAGGCUGACAAGAAGAAGGCCGCAGAGGACGACGCUCAGGGAAGCAGCAAUGGAACAGGAGGCAACUCACCAAGCAGUCAGGGAGCAGAUGACAAGGGAUCAAAAACAAAGGAUUCCUCGACAACAGCGCCCUCUUCACCUACUAGGACAGCUGCGUCAAGUCCAAGGACUAGGGUGGUAUCGCCAGGACUUUCCUCAGCUGAAGCACGAGCUCUUGCCGCCCAGGCCCAGGAUUCUUCUUCAGCAACAACAGCUCCUUCUACUAUCCCUCUCCCAACGGACUCGUCCAAGGAACAGGAAUCAGUAUCAGCUACAACUUCGUUGCCAUCACCGGCGGCACCAACGUUCACAUCUGCACAUUACAAUCCAGCACAGCCCCAACCUACCAAUCCUCCAACGCGGCCACAGCAGACACAAGGACAACAGCAGACACAGCAGAUUCACAGGGUCCACUCCAGUCCCAUUUGGCUGGAUGUCCUCAUUAUCGGAUUUGGCGGUGUUUUGGUUGCGCUUGUUCUUAAGCGUUUUUUAAUGUAG